GAGGGUGCUCGGAGACCGGAGUGCAUCUGGAUUGGCCGUAGAGGCUUGUGACAGCGGCGCCCAUUGGCUGUGGCGGCCCCCGUGACGCGGGGUGGUGACUGGCUCCCGUGUCUGAGGGGCUCCUGCUUGUCAGGUUCUAGCUCCUGUUUUCUGGCUAGACCUGUGAUCAUACCUGUGAGACUUCAUUGAAAAUUUUAUCAAGCGUCUUCCUCAUCCCUGGCAUAUAAUCCUUCAACAUGGACCUGCUGCUUUAGCUAAGAUAUGACCAGCAAUGAAUAGUAGGAAGGCAGCUUGAUAUUUUGUUCAAAUAGAGUCAUCAUUUCUGACUUGUGCCAGUAUUAAAGCUUAUAAAUAUAUGUGCUGAUUAGAAGGCUUACUUGUGCAGUGUGGAGAAUAAGACAGUGCCUUACAAAAAUGGGGUUUGGGAGUGACCUGAAGAAUUCACAUGAAGCUGUGUUAAAAUUGCAAGACUGGGAAUUACGGUUACUGGAAACAGUGAAGAAAUUUAUGGCCCUGAGGAUAAAAAGUGAUAAAGAAUAUGCAUCUACUUUACAGAACCUUUGUAAUCAAGUUGAUAAGGAAAGUACUAUCCAAGUGAAUUAUGUCAGCAAUGUAUCUAAGUCUUGGCUGCUUAUGAUUCAGCACACGGAACAACUGAGUAGGAUAAUGAAGACGCAUGCAGAGGACCUAAAUUCUGGGCCCUUACACAGGCUCACCAUGAUGAUCAAAGACAAGCAGCAGGUGAAGAAAAGUUAUAUAAGUGUUCAUCAGCAGAUAGAGGCAGAGAUGAUUAAGGUUACAAAGACAGAAUUAGAGAAAUUAAAAUCCAGCUAUAGACAAUUAAUAAAAGAAAUGAAUUCUGCCAAAGAGAAAUAUAAAGAAGCUUUAGCUAAAGGGAAAGAAACUGAAAAGGCCAAGGAACGAUACGACAAAGCCACAAUGAAACUUCAUAUGUUGCAUAAUCAAUAUGUAUUGGCAUUGAAAGGGGCACAGCUUCAUCAGAGUCAGUAUUAUGACACCACACUUCCUCUGCUCCUGGACUCCCUACAAAAGAUGCAGGAAGAAAUGAUAAAAGCACUAAAAGGCAUAUUUGAUGAAUACAGCCAAAUAACUAGUCUUGUUACUGAGGAAAUAGUAAAUGUCCAUAAAGAGAUUCAAAUGUCGGUUGAGCAGAUAGACCCUAGCACAGAAUACAAUAAUUUUAUAGAUGUUCACAGAACUUCAGCUGCUAAAGAGCAAGAAAUUGAGUUUGAUACUUCCUUACUAGAAGAAAAUGAAAAUCUUCAGGCAAAUGAGAUUAUGUGGAAUAAUUUAACAGCAGAAAGUUUGCAAGUAAUGUUGAAAACUUUAGCAGAGGAACUUAUGCAGACACAGCAAAUGCUUUUGAACAAGGAGGAAGCUGUCCUGGAGCUAGAGAAAAGAAUUGAGGAAUCUUCUAAAACCUGUGAAAAGAAGUCUGAUAUUGUGCUUCUGAUAAGCCAAAAACAGACACUUGAAGAGCUGAAACAGUCAGUGCAGCAGCUGAGGUGCACCGAGGAAAAGUUUACAGCACAGAAAGGAUUACUAGAGCAAAAAGUGCAAGAAAAUGAUGGAAAAGAGCCACCUCCGGUAAUAAAUUAUGAAGAAGAUGCACGAUCAGUUACAUCUAUGGAAAGGAAGGAGAGGCUAUCCAAAUUUGAAUCUAUUCGUCAUUCAAUUGCUGGAAUGAUUAGGUCUCCAAAAUCUGCAUUGGGCUCUUCAGCAUUCUGUGAUAUGAUCUCCACAAGUGAGAAGCCCCUGGCGGAACAGGAAUGGUACCAUGGUGCGAUUCCCAGAAUAGAAGCACAGGAUCUGUUAAAACAACAAGGGGACUUCUUGGUGCGAGAGAGCCAUGGGAAACCUGGUGAAUAUGUCCUUUCUGUAUAUUCUGAUGGACAGAGGAGACACUUUAUCAUACAAUAUGUUGAUAAUUUGUAUCGAUUUGAAGGCACUGGUUUUUCAAACAUUCCUCAACUUAUAGAACAUCACUAUACAACAAAACAGGUCAUCACUAAGAAAUCAGGUGUAGUGCUGCUGAAUCCUAUUCCUAAGGAUAAAAAGUGGGUCCUCAAUCAUGAAGAUGUCACAUUGGGAGAAUUACUGGGCAAGGGAAAUUUUGGUGAAGUAUUUAAGGGCGUAUUAAAGGAUAAAACUGCUGUUGCUGUUAAAACAUGUAAAGAAGAUCUUCCUCAGGAACUGAAAAUAAAAUUUUUACAAGAAGCUAAAAUUCUCAAGCAAUAUGAUCAUCCCAACAUUGUCAAGCUUAUCGGAGUCUGCACGCAAAGACAGCCCAUCUACAUCAUUAUGGAACUGAUUCCAGGAGGUGAUUUCCUUUCCUAUCUAAGAAGAAAGAAAGAUGAAAUAAAAACCAAACAAUUGGUGAAAUUUGCAUUAGAUGCUGCCUCCGGUAUGGCAUAUCUUGAGAGUAAAAACUGUAUACACAGGGAUCUUGCUGCAAGAAACUGCCUGGUAGGUGAAAAUAAUGUUCUGAAAAUCAGUGACUUUGGAAUGUCUCGUCAAGAGGACGGUGGAGUGUAUUCAUCUUCUGGCUUAAAGCAGAUUCCCAUUAAAUGGACAGCACCAGAAGCUCUUAACUAUGGGAGAUACAGUUCGGAGAGUGACGUGUGGAGCUUCGGCAUCCUCCUCUGGGAGACCUUCAGUCUCGGAGUCUGCCCGUACCCUGGAAUGACGAAUCAGCAAGCGCGAGAGCAGGUGGAAAGAGGAUACCGGAUGUCAGCCCCUCAGCACUGUCCAGAGGAUAUCUUUAAAAUUAUGAUGAAGUGUUGGGAUUAUAAACCUGAAAACCGCCCCAAAUUUAGUGACCUUCAGAAAGAGCUCGCUGUCAUCAAGAAGAAGAUCACAUAGUGAUAGGACAGUGCCAAACGCAGCCUUUGGGACUCGCUCCUCCAGCAGAAUAAUGUUCUUCACAUUAACAAUAAGUUUAUACCACGUUACCUGCAACAGUUUGAUAAGGUUAUUUUUUUUAUUAACUAUUUUUUAAAAAUACGUGCCAGUUUUUUAAAAAAGGCAAAGGCAAAUGCAUUCAAGAAACACAGGCCUACCAAGGGCUUUAUUAGCUCACCGCAGCAAUCCCAUUUCAGGCCACUGUAAAUAGAAAAAGCACAGGCUCUAAUGUGAGGGAGAACAGAUCUCUUUUUCCCACCAUGAUCAUGAUGCUUCUCAAAGUCUCCCUACGUCAGCAGCACGGCUUCCGGCUGCUGUCCUGCGCCUCCCGCCCAACUCCCUCGGUGCUGUAGCUGCCUUGGCAAUGCUGUGUUUGCAGGACACCUUCCAGCCAGAACUGGCUCUCUGCUCUGCCAAGGCAAGUUUAUAUUUGUAAACCUCAUUUAUAUUGGGAAUUACUUGGCCCUCCUGGGGUUUUUCUUUUCUUUAUUGCCAGAAAUAAGUGCAGUGUAAGAAUCAUCACUCUCCUAUGUCAUUAGUGAGGUGGUCGUUUCCCUCCUCUGUUUAGGCAUCAAAAACCGGUGCAUGAGAUGCCUCAGAAGGCAGGAGGGGGGAAGGGAGAAAAGAUCAGAAAAGAGAAGCAAAGGAAAAUGUAAAAUGUCUUUGUAUCCAAGUUCCGCCUUUACAAACACACACACACCCUUUUGAUUUUAUGGUUUGGCUUCACAAAGCAGGUUCUAAGACAUCUUUCAGGAGAUCACAGAAAAAGCUUUCUUAAUGGCAACACAAAUUUUCUUUUGGAAAAACCACAAAGCUCAAGUCCACA